AUGAUUAUUCAUGAACUUCCCUUUUCAUGUCACCGUUUGUGACAGUGAGUGGUCUUCAUCUAAUUCCUCUCUUUCCAUGCUUUAAGCUGCUCAAGAAUUAAAGCAAAAACCCUCACCUACUUUCCCUCCUUUUCUUUGCUUUAUUUAAAUCACCCUCCAAAUAAAUUAAUACCCCAACUGUACAACAGCAAAGUAUACCAACACAUCGCCGAAUUCCGUGGAAUUGUACUCGGAAAAUUUUAUGAGAUGGGGAAUUGCCUGUUCGGAGGGAUGGGAGACGCCGGCGACCAAUCGCUGAUAAGAGUGGUCACGUCCAACGGUGGUGUUAUGGAAUUCUCCGCCCCCAUAAAGGUUGAGUCCAUCACCGACGAGUUCCCCGGCCACGGGAUAUUCCGCAGCCAUGACCUCUUCUGGAAGCCGCUGCCCCACAGCGACGUACUCCUCCCGGGAGAGUGGUACCAUCUGCUCCCGCUUUUGGACGCGGAAGGAAAAGGGCCGACGGCCCGCGUCGGGCACGUGAGGUCGAGCAGCGCGCCGGUGCAGCAGUUGGGGUCGGCACCUUACAGGAUGUCGUUCGACAGCCGAGGGCUGACGAAGAGGUUGGUGGAGGAGGGGAUGGCUCCGAAGGCGGCGCGGGGAUUUUGGAAGGUGAAGCUGGUGAUUGGCCCGGAGCAGUUGGUAGAGAUAUUGGCGGAGGAGGGGAAGACGGAGGAGCUGAUUGAGAGCGUUAGAACAGUGGCGAAGUGUGGGAGUGGCCUUGGAGGGUUUUCCGAUCAGUGGAGCCUUUCAAGCAGUAGAAAUGCAGCUUCUUCCAACAAAGAUGUCUUGUUAGAGUUUUGAUUGAUUUUUCACUAUCUUAGUUGCCUAAUUUUUUAGCGUAAUUACCUUUUUAUUUAGAGCUUUUUUAAUAUAUGCCAUAUAUUUUUAGAGUUUUUUUAAAUAUAUGCCAUAUAAUUUUGUAAGUAAGGUAAGUUUUUCUUCUAUACAAUUUAUGACAAUG